AGCCUCGAAAGUAGCAUAGACGAGGUCGAAUGGUAGAGAUUUCUUAUUUCUUCUAACUAAACAAAGCAAAAUGACAUCGGACUCUGAUAAAAAUGCGUACCCGGAGCCUCCCCGUCAGACUCCUGUUGUGGACAAGCAGACUGCUCUUCCUAACCCCGCCCUGAUUUUGACAAAACUAUUUUAUUAUUCCGUGGACCUUCCUGUCACCACUUUCAAAGAACUUGUGGAUGGUAUCCAGUCAGGCAACAAGCAGAAGUACUACCACCAGAAGUUCCGGCGUGUUCCUGAUCUGACCGAGUGCACAGAGGGAGACUACCUAUGCUACUAUGAGGCUGAGAUGCAGUGGAGGCGAGAUUAUAAAGUGGACCAGGAGAUUGUGAAGGUGGUCCAGGAGCGUCUGAGGGCCUGCCAGCAGAGGGAGGGCGCCAGCUACCAGCAGAACUGUGCCAAUGAGAUCCAGCAGUUUUCUGAGGUGGCCAAGGCCUACCAGUCACGCUAUGGGGACCUGGGAGCUUAUGCCAGCUCAAGAAAAUGUCUGAUGAAGCAGAAAGAGAGGAUGAUGGCGGCCAAUGCGAAGGCCUAAAACACUGCGUCAAACCUAGUCUGCUCCAUGUCUAUACCAUGUAUUAAAUGUCCAAAAAGUU